AUGGGCGCGGAGCUUUUGGUCGUGGCACAGCGUGCACUCGAGGACGACCAUCAGCGAUGCCAGGCCAUCCGCGAACGUCUCGGAGACCGGCUUUUGUUUGCAGAGCUCUACGACAAGCCGGAUCCCGAGAUCUUCUUCGGCGAUGGCAACUUCGAAGACAUGUCCAAGAUCAAGGGAAACUGGAUCAAUGCCGGGAACACGCAGGUUCUCAUCAAUCAUAAGAUUAUCGCUGACCUGCUUUCGUCGAAGGGGCUGCUUGAUCGCUACGAUCUCUUCAUGUUCACAAGGUCGGAUUUCGUGCAUCUCAUCCCUUUUCCGCCGGCUGGGGAUCUUCUGCGGUGCGUGGGGCGUGGCGAUGUGCUCACGCAAGCUGGGCACGAGUUUGGAGGAGUGAACUACAACCUGGCCAUCUCAAGAGCAGAUACGGCCCUUCGAUACCUCCUUGCCCCCUACGAGACGAUUGUGAGCAGAUCUUUGCCCAACCGGCAGAAAACCUACAACAUCGAGCUCUUCUGGCGCGUCAUCUUUGGUCAGAAGUCUCUCCGAAAUCUCCGAAUGCCCAUCACCUGCUUCGUGACGGCCGAGUCGACGGACGAUCGGACCUCCUGGCGAAAAAUCCAAUACUCAGAGGAGCACCAAGUGUUGUUCAAGUACGAAGUGCAGAUGGAAGAAGCCUUCAGCAACCAGUGCGCUUGGAAUCGCCGCCCUGAGUGGACGAUUCUUCGACCUCCUCUCGGCCUGCAGGUGACGGAGGCCCACGGCCAAGCACGUCGGCUGUUCGGCUUGCAGCUAGCCGAGACGGUGCCGGAGCGAGCCGCACAGGCAGCCACCGGAUCCAAGCGGGAGGCUGCAGCGAAAAAGAGGGCAGGAGAGGCCUCCAAGGAAGCUUUGCAGGCCCAGGAGGACGAUCAGGAGGCAGUUGAGGAUGACGUAGAAGACGGUGGCACGGAGAAGGACGAGCGUGCUGAUGUGGAACCGACCUCCGAGGAAGUCGUCCGCUUCCAUGGCGCUCCGAGGAAAGGGUGGGACCGCUACUUUCGAGGAAUGCGCUGCAACGCAAGGAAUGUCAUCACUUGGAAGGGUCGAGGAUCUCUGCCGGAGCCCCCGAAGACAGUGCCAAGUUCCGGUUGCUGGCUGCUGCCCACCAGUGACGAGGCAGCCGUUGCAGUCGCCCAGCAGCAAGAUGUCUUGCGGGGCAUGGGCUGGCGGAUUGUUACCUCGGAGGUGGAGGUCCUACGUGACCUUGGCAACAAAGUGCGUCUGCAGGACUUUGCGAAGGCACAUGGACUCUCUGGCUACUUGCCACAGCGCUUCGACUCCCCUGCGAGUGCCAGCUACCCCUGCAUUCUCAAGCAGGCCUUCGGCGAGUUUGGCAAGGAGUGCCGCAUCGUGCAUACGCCGGAAGAAGCGCAGCAGGUCGCUCCGCACGGCCUGGGCACGCGCUGGGUGAUGCAGGAGCGGCUUUUGGGCUACUUUGAUCCCCAGGGAAAGGCAAGAUGUUUUUCAAUCUUUCCAGCCUUCACAGUGGCAGAGCCUUUUCUGUGGGCAGACCCCUUGCUCUUGGCCACAACAGCCAACCCCCAGCUGCAGCGGGGCCAGGAAGGAGGAUGCCAGAACGUGUUGCUGUGCCUUGCCGAGCUCCGGCUCGAAAACCAGAACUCGGCGAUUGUAGAGCUUGUACGAGAGGAAUACUGA